AUGCGCCGAUCAUCCUCCUCCCUGGCAAUUAACACUGACCAUAGCUUCUCUCUGCUAUCCAGGCGUGUUAUCAUUCGUGAGGACCCUCAGGAGGUGUCGGUGUAUAUCGCCGAGUACAUCGUCAGCCGCAUCAAAAACUUCAACCCGACGGAGACUCACCCAUUUGUGCUGGGUCUGCCAACUGGUAGCAGCCCGGAGAUCAUCUACAAAAUCCUUGUCCAGCGCCACCGCGCGGGCGAGAUCUCGUUCAAGAAUGUCGUGACCUUCAACAUGGAUGAAUACGUCGGCCUGCCCCGUGAUCACCCUGAGUCGUACCACAGCUUCAUGUACAAGCACUUCUUCUCGCAUGUGGACAUCCCACCGCAGAACAUCAACAUCCUCGAUGGCAACGCAGCCGACCUCGUGGCCGAGUGCGCCUCCUUCGACCAGCGCAUCGCACGCUACGGCGGCAUCGAGCUGUUCCUCGGCGGCGUGGGACCGGAUGGACACAUCGCAUUCAACGAGCCCGGCUCAUCGCUGGCCAGCCGGACGCGCGUGAAGACCCUCGCCUACGACACGAUCCUCGCGAACUCACGCUUCUUCGACAACGAUGUGAACAAGGUGCCGCGCAUGGCAAUGACAGUCGGCAUCCAAACGAUCAUGGACGCCCGGGAAGUCGUCAUUGUUGCGACAGGUGCGCACAAGGCCUUCGCGGUGCAGAAGGGACUGGAAGACGGCGUGAACCACAUGUGGACGCUGUCUGCGCUGCAGUUGCACCGGCACCCGCUGGUGGUGUGCGACCGGGACGCGACGCUGGAGCUGAAGGUCAAGACGGUGCGGUACUUCGAGUCGAUUGAGCAGGCGGGGACGGACGCGCGCACGCAGGGCCCUGCACUGGUAAAUCAGCUCCCAGUAUCUGCGACGUUGCCGAUCAGGAGCCCGCCGCGCAUGGUGGCGACGCCGGCCCGGACGCCGGAAAAGGUGCCCAAGGAUCUGCGCAUCAACACAGAGCUGCACCGGGCAAUGGAGGAGGAUGAGUUGACGCCGGAUAGCAUGUCGUCGCGCAUGGUGGACUCGGCGAUUGGGGGGCUGGAUGGGACCCUGAAGAACGAUUUGAUCUUCGAUCGGAUGGGUGCUCGCAUGACUACACUGUGA